AUGUCGUGGAUGGACUCUUGGUCUCGUCCCUCAAAAUCCCAAGCUACCCCGCCACCAUACUAUCUACUCCCAGGUGGAGACAAGACGCCUUACUGCCACAGAUGUGGAAGAAUUAUCGGUGAUCGUAAGACCAAAACGGGUAGUGCGGCUGCAACACCAGCUAAAUACUGCUCGUCACGCUGCAAAACAUCUCGCCAAGACAAAGCCCUCAAUCAGCGCAUUGAAGAUACUUUCGUCGCUCUGAUGAAUGGAUUGCCUGUUCCCGGUGCUGAAGAUCCAUCAUUAGAACCAAGCACUGAGUCGAGUAAUGGGAAGGGAAAAGCCGCUCCAAAUUCAUCUAAGAAAAAGAAAAAAGGUGAAAGUAGAGUGUUAGUCGACUGUGGCGACGUCGAGAAAGCUGUUUUUGGAGAUAGAGACGAUCCUGAUAAGAGGUUUGGUAGGAGGAAGAACCGUGCGAGGAGAGGAGUGAAAGAUGGAGAUGUGUGGAAGAGCGUUGAUAUGGAGUCCGAUGAAUCUGAUGAUGAUCAGCACGACGAAGCUGCGGAGUCAAAAGAAGGCAUCUUAUCUCUAACGAAGACUCAAUCCAAGAACAGCAAGUUCACAGGUGACUCCUUGGAAAACGAAAGUUCUGAAGAAGAUAAAGAAGCCAACGGCGGCCUCUCAAUCACCUCUCACGUCCCAUCCGCCGCCGAAAGCGGCACUCAGCUUGACGCAGAUGUCAUCGCCCGCCUCUCCAUCCGCAGCGGAACACGCAUCAGACCAUCUCAAGAGGUUUCUGAAGUCAAUGGCGGCGUUGGAGGCGAAAAGGGCUUGAAAGAACGAAUUGUCGAGGGAGAAGAUAUGCUUCAGAAACGAAGGGAAGGACAGAAAAAAGCUGAUCAAAGGGAAUUGGUGAGAUGUGCUGCGCGGAGGGGUGUUGCGUUUGGGUUUGUGGUUAAGAAUAGAGGGGAAAAGGAUGAGCAGAGGAGGUUGUGUGAGGCUGUUAUGCAGGGGAAGGUUGUUGAGUCUAGUUUUGCGAAGGGACCUCCUAUGGUCUACGAAGAUGCAGUACGCUUGGGAGCUUCUUCUGUGGAAAGUUCCGCGCGACGGCAUUUGGUUCUUCAGGGUGGCCCGCAUAACUAUUACGUUAAUUCUCGUCAAUACCGAUUGUGGCCUCUGGAAGAAGGCGCGACGUUCCACAACCAAGAAAACCAAGUUAUGCGCCGAGUCGGGUGA